AUGGUUGACAUUGUGGACAAUACGGAGCGUGCGUGGAGCGAUGUUGACCCGGCGACGUUGAAUGCCAACUUUUUGACGUUGCAAGGAUGCAUGAUGGAAGUGAUUCGUUGCGCGGGUGGCAGCAAAUACAAGAUACCACACAUGAAGAAGGCCGUGCUCACUGCGAAAGGUCGCUUGCCCUUGUCGAUUGAAGCGGAUGCUGGCGUUGUCAACGCCAAAUUGGCGAGCGAAGUGGCGAAGACCUUGGAAAUGAGCGAUGUCUGCACGGAGCUUGAGCGUCUGGAUGUCGUGGAAGAUUCCGAUGAUGAAGAACUUGACAUACCAUCGGUACUUGGAUUAAACAUUUGA